GGCGGUUUGACCGAAUCACCGGGACCGACAGACAGUUUACCGCCGCCGCCGCUGCUGCUUACCCCUCCCUCCCCACCUCCGUCCGGUGUCUAACGGAGAAUUUACCGACGCGACGGAGAAGUUUGCGGCGGAUUUAACGGGUUUCCACGGCCACUCGGCUCUCGGUGCUCGGGGCGUCCGCUCGGAGUGUUCGUCCCCCGGCGGCGGGCGGCUAGCAUCGGUUACGGCCGCUAAACAUGGUGGCCUGCUGGCUGGGAGACGAGACGAGCCCCGUCCGGAGCGAAUUGUUUGCGGCGCUCGGAGCGUCCUUGUGAACUACGGCGGCUGCGGACAUUUUUGUUUUUUAAAUUAUUCCACAUCGUAUUUUUUUUUUUUUUUUUUUGCGGACGCGAGGUUGCUGUCUCCCUCUCCAGCCGCCGUUGGUGCUCCGUGGAGCGGCGAUAAUUGAAAAGUUGUCCCCAGGCCCCCGCAAAGUUUCUGGGAAAGUUGCACCGACAUGCUGGAGGACGGAGCUCCGGCUCUGGAGGCUUCUGGCUCCCUGUGAGAUGUUUCAGUGCACAAGUGCGACCUGCUGGAGCUUCUUCUGAACACCCAGGUUUGGUUCAUUAUCAGUCCGUGGAUUAUUAUGGAUUAUUGUUUUUAUUAUGGCCUAAUCCAACCAGAGCCUGAGCGGGAGUUGUGGGAUUAACUGCUGAUUUCAUUGAUGGUGAUGAUGAAGACAGAGAGAAGCGAUGGUUUCCCUUCGUUGUGAUUUUGAGUAGAGAGGAGUUAAUUACAUGGAGACUCGCCUGACAUGCCAAGGAAGGAGUUGCCACUACCUGACGGUUGGGAGGAAGCCAGAGACUUCGAUGGCAAAGUUUACUACAUCGACCACAUCAACCAGUGCACGAGCUGGAUCGACCCCAGAGACAGGCAGACGAAGCCUCUGACGUUCGCUGACUGCAUCGGCGAUGAGCUGCCGGUCGGCUGGGAGGAGGCAUACGACCCGGUGGUCGGAGCGUAUUAUGUCGACCACAACACCAAGAGCACCCAGCUGGAGGACCCGCGGGCCCAGUGGCAGAGGGAGCAGGAGGCCAUGCUGCGGGAUUACCUCGCCGUGGCCCGGGACGCCCUCAGCGCCCAGAAGGAGAUCUACCAGGUGAAGGAGCAGCGACUCCGCCUGGCCCAGCAGGAGUACCGGCAGCUCAACGAUGCCUGGAGGGACAAGUCCACGUCCCAGACCAGCUUGAACUCCAGAUCGUCCUCGUCCAGCAAAUACGACCCAGAGAUCCUCAAAGCAGAAAUAGCCACUGCCAAAAGUCGGGUGAACAAGCUGAAGCGGGACCUGGCCUGUAUGAAGCAGGAGCUACAGUACAAAGAACAAGGCUUUGCGACCCUCAAAGAGAUCGACCAGAAGGUGUCCAACAGUCCGUAUGGAUACAAGCUUCAGGAGGCUCAGGCCAUCCUCAGCGAGGUUCGAUCCAUCCGAGACGCCAUCAGCUCCGGGGAGAAGGAGAAGCAGGAGCUCAUGCAGAAACUGGCGGUGCUGAAGGACGGUUUCCAGCUGGACUCGGGUUCUCAGCAGGAGCUUUGGGGCAGCAGUCCGUCGCUCACCAACUCAGAGGCGUCCAUCCCCCGACUUUACUCUGACGCUGGAUCCCAAACCGACAUCCCCGCUGAGUUCAUGACCAGCACCAACAAACUGGCAGAAAAAGUUCGUCUGAGCCUGAAGUAUGAGGAAGCCAAGAGAAGGAUCGCCACCAUCGAGGUCCAGAUCGCCAGACUGGACAGCGAGGCGUGGCCGGGGCUGCUGGACCCGGAGCGAGACCGCCUCAUCCUCAUCAACGAGAAGGAGGAGCUGCUGAAGGAGCUGCAGUACGUCGGCCCUCGCCAGCGCCUGGAGCCCAACGACGCCGAGAAGCUGGAGACGGAGAAGAAACGCCUGGAGAGAGACCUGCAGGCCGCCAGAGACAACCAGAGUAAAGCCCUGACCGAGAGGCUGCGACUUCACUGCAAGAGGAACAAGCUGGUCAGAGAGCUGGAGGAGAUGGUUCGACUGGCCACAUCGCUGCACACUCAGCUCAAAAGCCUCUCGGCCAGCACCUUGUCCUGUUCGUCCGGCAGCAGUCGAGGCUCCCUGACAUCCAGCCGUGGAUCUCUGGCCACCACCUCCAGCCUGGGAUCCACCUCCUCCCUCAGCUUCACCGACAUCUACCUGGAGCAGCCCGAGCUGGCCGACCCAGACUUCCAGAACAAGCUGGACAGCCUCCUGCAGGAGGGCGGCCAGGGAGGCUACCGGCCCUCCAGCUCCAUCACCACCAUCCACGAACACGAGGUGGUGACGGGCUGCGGGGGAAGGGACUCUGGGAGGCCCGAGGGCAAAGCAGGAGUUGUAGAAGGAGAUGCAGGAAGUUCUGCUGGAGGAGGUCCAGGAGGUAAUGUCGGGGUGGAGUCGGGGUCUUCCAGGAUCCAGGCCCUCAGACUGUCAGAAACCCCUCGCUCCAUGAGCUCUUUAUCUCCGCGGUCGUCGCUCUCCUCGCUGUCUCCGCCGUGCUCGCCGCUCGUCACGGACACUAGCUUCUUGUCCGGAGAGACUUUCGCGGGCCAGACAGGGCCCGGCGGGUUGGGCCUGGAUCUGGAGCUCCAAAGCCGGUUAGCAGAGCUGGAGCUCGACUUGGACUCUGAGGAGCAGCAGCAGGAGGAGCAUGGAGGUUCUGGAGGGCUGGAGGAGAAGCAGAACACCACGCUGGGAGAGGAGGUCAAAGACUCGACUCCUCAGCUGCGAGGGACGGGGGCGGGGCCAAAGAAGAUGGGCGUGACCUCGGCGGUGUCGGACGAAUCGGUGGCCGGCGACAGCGGAGUGUACGAACCGUCGGAGCGCAGGCCGGGCCUCCCUGCCGACCUCCUGCUGAGCUCCUACGAGGAGAGGUUGGCUUCUGGCUGCUCUCAGGUGCAGCUCGGCUUCCGUUACGAGUCCAGAGACCAGAGAUUCACCGUCUACGUCAUGCAGCUGUCCAACUGCAGCGCCCUCUGCCUGCCCACCGACCACAAAAUGUAUGUUCGCGUGGUGGUGCUGCCCUGUGUGGAGGCGACUCGCUGCCUCUUCCGAACUCGCAGCUCGCUGCCUCAGGACACCGUGGAGUUCAACGAGGUGUUCGGCAUGCAAAUCUCCCACAAUGCACUGCGGCAGAAAACCCUGAGGGUCGACGUCUGCAACACCAGCAAGUCCGGCCACGAAGACUGUCUGGCCGGAGCUCAGAUCAGUCUGGCUGACGUCAGCUGUUCGGAGGACCGACGCUUCAAGUGGUACAACCUGCUGGGUCGAGUCUACAUGCCCGAGAUCAGCAACAAGGACAAAGACGGCAGCAGGGUGUCGGGUGGUUCUGAUCGGACUCGUGUUUCCAGCAGCAACAGAGUCGGAGCUCCAGAAGACGAUGAGUGGCAUGGCGACCCUCUGGAGGCGGGCAUAUUUGAUGAUGAAGGAAAUGGCGUGGAGGGGGUGGGGCCUCUGGAGGAAGAGGACGAGUUUUAUCCCGGCAGCAGCCAAUGGGAGGCGGAGGAAGAGGAGGAGGAGGAGGAGGAGGAGGAGGAAGAGGUUGAAGAGAAAGUGACCAAGCCUCCUCCUCCUCCUCGUCCAGCAGCACCCCUCACAGAGAAGGUGAACAAGGAGACGAGCAUGGACGGCUUGUCGUCGUCCCAUCACUGCUCGGUGGUACGGCCCAAAGAGCGGCGUCCAGACGUCCACCAGCAGAACCCCUUCAUGAGGGGCAACACCAUAAUCCGCUCCAAGACCUUCUCCCCUGGACCUCAGAGCCAGUACAUCUGCAGGAUUAACCGCAGUGACAGCGACAGCUCCACUCUCUCCAAGAAAUCCCCGUUCGUCCGAAACGCCUCAGAGAGACGCAGCAUGCGCAUGAAGAAGCCUCCGGUGCAGGUCAGAGGUCUGGACGGCCUCCUGAGGACCUCCCUGGACCUGGAGCUGGACCUGCAGGUGUCUCGGACUCGGCAGGCCCGGCUGGCCCAGGAUCUCCGGGUCCUGCGGGAGCUGAAGUCUCAGCUGGAGAAGGCGAGGCAGCAGGGCCAGAGGGAGCUGCCUUCCUGGGUUCAGGAAGACGAGCGCUUCCGGCUCCUCCUCAGGCAGGCCGAGAAACAGACCUGUGAGGAGCAGCUGCAGGAGAAGCGAGUGGAGAAGAUGAUGAGGGCUGCAGCCAAGGACGUCCACAAGAUCCGAGGCCAGAGCCGCAAGGAAGUCCCCGAGGUCCAGACCUUCAGAGAGAAGAUGGCGUUCUUCACACGAGCGAAGACCUGCAUCCCCGACCUGCCGGCUGACGACGUGUAAAGAAGCAUUUCAAAGUAUUUUCCCUCCCGAGUCUUAACCUGCUGUUCCCACACAUGAAGCAAACGUUUGGCGGUGUCAUGAAGAAUUAAAAAACAACAACAUAUACACAAGUAUAAAAAGCAAAACGCUGAAAACAGUGAAGAAAGAAAUUGUUAAGAAGCUCAGCAUUUCUAAUGUGGAUAGUCUUUGUUUGUAAAUUAGUGAUAGCACUGCUAGAGCUUUUUUUUAUUAUUAUUAUUAUUAUUGUUAUUUUUCCGCUCUUCUGUUUUGUUUUCUGUUACUAACCGGCUGUUUAUAGGCUCUAGGUGUUUAAAAUCAUUCCAGGAACGACACGUUGACAGCACAAAGUGAAAUCAAAAACGGUACUAAAGAAAAACCUAAGCAGAAUAACCAUCUGCACUUAAAAGAUAUUUAAUAUUCACAUCAUGUGUUUGUUUUUUAGAGCAUUUUGAAGAUUUUAUACGCAGACACAAGCACACAUUUUUUUAUUUUUAUUUGUUUCUAAAUAUCAUUAUCAGUGAAACUUUUCCAUAUGUGUAAAUAUGGAUCAGAGCGUUAAAGUCGGUUAUAAUCCUUAAGAUUUUAUGCUUCUACCUUUCCUGUUUUGGAGAGAAGAAGUCGGGUUUAUUUUCUGGACAGACGUGAAACAUCCUGGUUUAAUCAGCAGAACAAAGCCAUGAGUUUUGAGUCAACGCUGAUGAAUAUAUUUUGUAGUUUUCAGGAGUUUAAAUCACCUCCUCAUCCUUGCAUCUCCCUGGACUAGUAUCUUCUAGUCUCUCGAGUUAAAGUAUCUGAAGUAAUAGCUAACAUUUUUAACAACAAUGACAGAAAUAAACAUGAAAUAAUCCAAACUUGUGGUCAUAACUGAAACCUAAACUGCCCCUCGAAGCCAAAAUGCAGCAACUGCAGACCAGAAGAGAGUUUUUACCUCUUGAAAUGACUUAACAUCAAGUGUAAACUAAAAAUACUGAAGAAACAGAGCGGUAACACAUUUUUUUUGUUAAUAAUGCGGUACACAACUUCAAAAUAUUAACAAUGAAAACCCCCAUAGAGCUGAGUCAGUUAAAUCUCUGAACCCUCUGAACCCCAAACACAGUCUGGGUGUUGAAGACACAUCCAGCAUGGUGAAACAUCUUUCUACAGCUGAUGCACAAAGAAGAGAAGAAAGAAAAUCUGAUUUUACAGUCUUGACAAACUUUCUCUCUCUACUCUGCUCAUCAGCUGUAGAAAGAUGUUUCACCAUGCUGAAUGUAUCUUCAACAACCUGCUUCUCUGUUCACUUUUUCUGAGCCAUGCUGCAUUCGACACAAAACCACAAAAAUGAAACCAAACCACAUUGGUGUCAUUUUUGUAGUUCUGUCUUUUUUGUGUCAUUUCGUCUUGUUUUUUGUUGUUCUAUGUCUCGGUUGUGUCUUUCUUUUGUCAUUUUGAGUCUCAUUUUUGUGAUUUUGUGUCUUUUCUGUGGUCGUUUUGUCUCCACAUACAACAGAUGUUAAGUUAUUUCCAUGUUUCCAGCCUCUAGAAACGUUCUUUCUACUCUGCUCAUCACCUCCAGAAUGAUGUUUCCCCAUGCUGAAUGUAUCUUCCAACAACCUGCUCCUCUGUUCACUGUUUGUGAGCCAUGCUGCAUUCAUUUUAUCGAUCCAGUAGGUUUCAUUUUCCUCUCUGCUCUGUGGAAACACUGCCUGCAGUUCAUUUGAAAACUUUCAGACUUUGACUGCUGCUCACAGCUGAGUGACUUAUUUCUGCCGAGGUGCUCAGGAACAUUUUGUUUUUCUACAGAAUCUGGUGCUACAUUUUUAUAUAAGACGUGGAAUAACUGGAUAUCGAUGAAACAUCACAGUUUCGAGCUGAAAUUUGGUUAUUUUCUUGGAACUGAAGCAAACCUCACAUUUGAUUCCUUCACAGUCUGUUGGAAAGUUGAAAAUCUAGUAAUUAUUUUGUGUUUCACAGUUGCUGAUUCUGAUAAAUGGUGUAAAUUUGUAUUUUUAAAAAAACAACUAAAAGCAUGCUUUGGAAACCCAUCGUGGGUUUUAGGGUUCAGAGGUUUAAAGCGGCUGUUGUCAGAGCAAAACGUGCAAAGCACAAAUCAAAUAUCCUGUUUUUGGGUAAAAUAAGGCAGCUGUAAUUGAUCAUUGUAGAGCUGGAGACUAGCUACUGAAUAUAUUGGAACAUUUACCACAUAAAAAGUCCAAUUUCUCUUCUGGAGCUGGUGGAGACCAAAAAUGGAGCUAAAAUAGAGUAAAUACUGCAGCUGCAUUUCUUGCAUUUAUUUAGACUUCCUUUAUGGUCUCUCCUGUGAGACUUUGGGGCUAAAACAAUCAGCUUUUAAAGAUUUUUUUCCUGUUAGCGCUUCAGUUCUUCAGUAGUUUCUUCUCUCUACCUUUGUGAGGCAGCAUUAUGAAAUUAUCGACAAAAUUUGUGUGUUUCCGUCUCGAGAAACUUUGAGGAUAUCAGAAAAUGAAGUCUUCAAAAUCUGAAUUUAGUGAGAAGAAAAAUAAAUGUUCAACAAAUCUUUAACUGGCUCACAUGCUGUUACUGCCACCAACCACCAGGUGUCACCAAAUCAACCCAGACUGAAAUCUUAAGGAUUAUAGCUUCCGUAGCUUCAAAUCGAGCUGUACUUUUUAACGUAAAAUAAUCAGCUGAAGCUUUUCUAAUGUUAUGUGUACGCCAUCGUUCACUACGUAAAACACUACACAACAACCAAGAGAGGAAAAAACAUCACCCGAAAGGCGAGUCUAAAGUAAAAAAAAGUCGUAAUUUUAGUCUCACACACAUUGAGUAAAGUGUAGAAACAGCACUAACUCUCACUAACACUCAGGUAGUUGAUCGGAUAGUCUGCACUUUAAGAAACUUGAGGUUUUUAAAGAAAAACACACUAAAAAAGAAACUUGAUGUGGGUUUUUGGAAAGUUAGUUAAAGAAAAAAAAGACAUCCAGAAGCCUUUGCCUCACGCUGGAAUGAUUGUUGAAGCACACGAUGAUUGUCGAAACACACACAGGACGUGAAGAUGAAAUGUAUUUUUGAUGACUGUGAACUACUUACUGAUUGUAUGAUUGUUAGACCGAAAAAAAAAUCAGCCAAUAGGAAGACAGAAGUCCAACUUAAGGCUCCUUCUCUCUGAUUGGCUGGUUUCUGCCCUGAUGAAAAUUAAGUUUGUUCAGCUUUUACUGUUUUAAUUUCUUCUCCUCGUUUCCACAACGUAACUGGAUAUUCUGGAUACAUAUCUGAAUAAAUAACUGGAUGUUUUGCGAAUGAAUUAAGUCGAGUCAUGUUAGCGUGGUGCCCCAGCAACGCUGAACUUUUGAUUUUCUCUGCUCCGGUUCUUAGAUUUGCCUCAAUACUUACCAAAAUGGCUGUUUGUCACAGCUGUACAGUGUAUUUUGGGGUUUUUUCAGCUUGCGAGCCUUGUUUACGUUGAAUUAUUGCAUCAGAAAACAUUAACGUAAAUGACGAAAUUCAAGAAAACUUUUAUCAUUUCGCUCAUUUGAGGUUUUUCUCUUGUAGAUGAACAAAGUUAUAUUAGAUUCUUGUUCUGCGUCACAGUUUUUCAGCAACUAGUUUUGUUCCCAGUAUCGUCUCGUCUUUAUUGCUGCCCUGUAGCCUAUAGCGCCACCUUCUGAAGACACUACACAACCUAAUUUAUCUGCUUCAAAGGAGUCAAAGCGACAUUUUUAAAGAUUGCUUUCACUUCACUUGACGAAGACGUGGAAACGUGGCUACAGUUUCGGUUUUAAAACCGAUUCUUACUGCUUUGACAGCUUCGUUUUAGGUCACAGUGGGCUUAAAAUCCUCUGAAAACCAGCAGACAAACACAACUUAAUGGAGCAUUAAGAAGCUACAGAGCCACAUGUUGGAUUUAUUGUGUGGUGGAGACCAAAAAUGGAGCUAAAAGAGCGUCAAUAUUGGAUAAACACCACCACAAAUGAAUGAUAUAUCGCUGCGCCAUACUGAGCAAAAGGACUCCUGAUGUGUUCUUCAUCAAUUGAUAAUAUGCUGAUGUGGUUACCAUUUAGUUUGGUACCCUUCAAGAGACAAAAAAUCUGUAUCGGUUUAAAUGCUCACAUUUUGUAAUAGUCUUACUUGCAACCAGUGACAGAUGAUUGUAGGCAUGGCAAAUAAAUCAAAUAAUUUAGGGAUGUAUUUGGAAAAUCCCCAAUAAAUAAAUGGUAAAUUAAAUCUCUUGCACCAUUGACUUGAAUUUGGACAUUAAGUUUUCCAUAAUUUAAUCAGAUGUUGGACAAUGUUUAUGACACCAAGUUCUGUUUCAAAGUUGAUUCUCUGUAAAGAAAUUCAAUAAAUUUAAAGAACUGGUGUAAGGGAAAUUUUAAAGUCAUUCCAAGCAGAAUAAAAACAGCUUCUAAUGUAUUCCAUAAAUAGCUUUACAUAACUAAGGAAAUCCAUGUAUCAUUACUCCCAGGAAAGAUUGGUUUAAAUAAGAUAUUUUGAAAGAAAAUGUUUGAUACUUAAAGAAUUGAACACAUGUUUUGUAUUUUCUAUGUAAAGUAAGAUGUGUAUUUUUCAUUUGUGAUGAGUAGAGAUUUGCAGAUGAACAUAAUAAAGUGUUUUACAGCAGAAAUAGACAGAAAUGAACCAUCAGGAGGUGGUAGACCAAAAAUGGAGCUAAAACAGAGUAAAUAUGGGACUUAAAAUUGAUCAUGUGGCCACAAACAUGAAUCCAAAUGGAUAAAAAUGUCCCUCUGUUUACCAGAAGAACUGCGUCUGCUGCCCCCUAGUGGCCAAACACCUCAGAUAUGACAGAUUCAAGACCUGAAGUUACAAAAACAUACACAUGUACUGAUAAAAAAUGCUUUAUUAGAAAAUGAAUCACAGACAUCAUUGUUGCUGGGUCACCGAGCUAAAAGUGUACAUUUUGGGUAUGUUUUAUUAUUUUAUAUCCACGUUUUCAUUCCCGAUGUUAACGAGAAUGUAGCCAACAGAAACCUAAUUGAUGCUGCUGCCAUUCCAGAUUUCUUUUUUUACUUCUUUAAGACAAACAGCAGCUCAUAAACAUGUUUUUUGUGCGAUUCGUGAGUUACCCAGGAAGUUAUUUUGACCGUCUCCACUUAUUGUUGCUUUUCUUUUCACUCCCAAAUCCUUUCCCGAUCUCCAAAAAUGAAAGUCAGUCUUGUUUUAAUGGUAGUAUUUAUAUAGCGCUUUUAUCCAAAGCGCUUUACAUGAUACAUCACAUUCACCCAUUCACACACUGAUGGUGGAAGCUGCCAUGCAAGGCGCUAACCACGACCCAUCAGGAGCAAUUAGGGGUUCGGUGUCUUGCUCAGGGACACCUCGACAUGAGCUCGAUGGGCCGAGGAUCAAACCAGCAACCUUCCAGUUACAAGACGGCCACUCUACCCACCAAGCUAUGCCGCCCCCUGAAUAAACACUACAAUGGUUUUCAAUCCACAUUAACGUGAAGAUAGUCGCACCACAUUCAGGUAGGAGUAGGAAUAUUUUGCACAAGUGUCUAUAAGAACCGUAAAUAUCACAGAAAUACAUAUUCGGACACUCUUUAUCCCUCGUCUAGAGAAGACUUGAUGGGUUUGGAUGUUGGUUGGCUGCGUUCACACGGCAGGAAAUAAACGUUUAUUAAAGUCUAUUAAAGCCUGAUUUCAAUCUGAACAGUCAGUGACCCAACAAAAGAUCGAUACCAAAGAUUUAACACCAGAUGAUCUCGCUGGAACAGAACCUCUGGAACUUUUUGGUCAAAGUAAAAGGACCGUUCAAACGAGCAGAACUUGUGGAACGUAUCGGCGUUAUGAGCCAGAAUGAAAACAUCAUCUAAAAAUUAGAGUAUAGAUCGAAAUUAGACCUUUUUUCAGUUCACCACUGGGAACACUAAAUCAAUAAGAGAACACUUCUUCCAGUCAGUUUGACUUUUUAAAAAAAAAUAUACAUACAUAUUUUUUAGUAUCACAUUAGAAAAGGUUCAUAGAAAUGGAUAAACUCCAAGCAACUUAAGGUGGUUUUGACUUUUCCAACAAGUUAAUCCGCUUCAUAGGAGAUCAAAACAUCAUUUCUAAGUAACUUCUGGCUUAACAAGCAUUUAAGUCACUACCAGUCAACUAGUUCUUUCAUCAUCUUGGCCAAUGCAAGCUGACAUGAAUGAAUUAAAAGUGUCUGUAAUUGAUAUUUUCGUGACUAGAAACUUGCUGAGGAACAUAGUGGAGCAUUUAGCAGCAGUCGGAGGUGGGGGAGACCAAAAAUAGCGCUAAAAAUGAGAAAAUGUCGGACUUUUGCCACAAACACAACUCCAAACGCAUGAUAAUGUUGCUCUGUUACUGCGAGAUGUGGAAAUAUAAAUCUGUUUACUUGCCACAUCAACUGCUUCUGCUAUUCCAAAGUCGCCAAAAUAUUCGGAUUCGGAAGGUUCAAGAAAGGAAAUGUUACAUUGCUUUAUAUCAAAGUGUGAGAGUUAACAAUGAAUAAGGCAUCUAUAAUUCAUUUUUUCAUGAAUAGAGAUUUGCAGAUGAGGGUAGUGAAGCAUUUGUCAACAGAAAGAGACAGAAAUGAACCAUCUGAAGGUGGUGGAGACCAAAAAUGGAGCUAAAACAGAAUGAAUAUUGGAUUUAGAUUGAUCAGGUGGCUACAAGCAUGAAUCCAAAUGGAUGAAUGUAGCUACUGGAUGGUGAAAUAUACACUUGUUUGCUCAAGAAAUCAAAUAUUUAUGCUGCCCCCAAGUGGCAAAAAAAUCAUAGGCAAGAGUUGAAAGACAUUAAGUUUUACAGAAACAUGGAUUUUUUUUGCUUCAGUACAAAUACAACAUACAUCAACAACUGAUAGAAAAUACAGUAUUGAAAAAGAUGUAUCAUAUACUUGACUUGUUGCCAGAUCACCAGGCGGAACUCAUGUGCUUUAGGUGUGUUUUAUUACUUUAAGUCAACAUAUCUCCUUUCCUGUCGUACACAAGAACGUAGCUAACAAAAACGAUCUUGAAAAAUGCAAAUUUUAUGUCAAAAAGCGACUUUUCAACUGCAGGAACUUGGUUGUACUUCCAGAAACAAACCUCUAACUGUCACGUAUAGCCUUUCUGUUAAUGGACAACUUUGUGAAUUUUACGUCGUUAGCUGUUUUUUCUGGUGUUAGGAACUUUUUCCCCCCAUAAAAGCAGCCCUGAAAGAGGUUCUACAGGGAGAGUUCUCACAAAAACAAAUCUUGAUCACCGGAGUCGGAAAUUAUGUGCUUGUAAAAGUUUGUGGAGUGUUCAGGGUUGAUGUUGAAUUUUGCCUGAAGUAGCAGCAGCAGAUCAGUAGGGGGCAGCGUCACUCAUCAGAAAAGACCUCAAGAAGCUGCUCCAACAUCAUGAUAAACUAGAUCUGUGUUAAAGUUUCCUGAUUUGUGAUCUGACUGUUCAGACUGAGGCCACAGGUACAUUAGAUGGAGGACAACGUAUCGUUAAGAAUCAAAGACGAACUCAUGUGAAUGCAGCCGAUACCGCAGAGGGUUUAACCGCAGCAGGAACACUGUGAAACGAAUGAAAGUGUUUGGAGUUACGUGAGAGAAUGUGCCUUUGGAGAGCAACGUGUAAAAUAUUUUUUUUCUUUUUUUUUUUCUCUUAAAUGUCCGAACUCGGCCGCUGCCGUCGUCUGAGGCGAGAAAAAACAAAAAAAGCUGUAGAGAAACAUUCAUUGUCUGAAUGUGAGCAGUUUUCCUUCACUGUAGAUCGAGUAGAUUGAGAAACUGUCAGUAGUGUCUGUUUAAAGUCCACCGAUUAACCUCGAAAUCAAACACAUCUCUAUGUAACCACAUCUGGAUGAAGGAAUGUAGGUUUUUGCUACGAGAAAUCAUUCAGAGAAUAAAAACCGAAUGCUGUUAGUCACCGAUGAUUCAUCGCAUAGGUUGUGACAUCCUUCUCGUUUGUUUUUUUGAAGUUUUUUUCCUCGUUUGCUGAUUUUUUUUUCUAAUGAAUCUGUCUGUAUUUGGACUGGCGAUGAACCCGGUGUUGUGUACACAGGCGGCUAUGAGAAACAUACAGCAUGUAUUUAUUGCACUUUUGUGAUUUGGGUGUGCUUUUUCCUGUUUUUUUUUUCUUUUUAUUGUGAGAGUCCCGAAAAGCUGUGAAUUUUAUUCUCAGACACUGUACUGUCGACCAGAGUUGUAAAUAUUUCACCAGCACAAAAAACAACAAAAAUAAACGAUAUGUUUUGUAGUUUCACAACAAAUAAAAAAGUUCUUCUCUUCUAA